GUGAAGAGCCACAUCGAUAUAUAUAUAUUUAUUAUUUAUAUCUCUCUAUCGUAAAGAAUACACGUCAUACACUGUAUUAAAAUAUUUGCGUCCGAAUAUAUAUCCUCUGUAUAGUGCAAUGUAUGACGAAGAGAUCGACGUCAAGGAUGCCGAGGAUGUCGACAGUGAGUCAUCAGAUAGCAGUAUCGACAACGACAGCAGCAGAGAUUUGAGGACACCCAGUGCAAAACAGCGAAAGCUUUUGAUGUCCAGCGGUUCAGGUCGGAGGUCCAGGUCUAGACUCCAAGCGGUAGAUUACGAAGAAGUGGACGCAGCCGUGAAAGAAGAUCCUGACAGUUUUGACGUGCACGAAGCUCAAAGGGAUUACAAUAAAGACGUCGAUCUUCUACACUUGUCCCAAGAUAUUAAAGACGUAUUUAAAUACAUAUCAAUGUACUAUCCUCAGAAGACGAAACUCGAGUUUAAGUUGCAGCCGUUCAUACCGGAUUACUUACCAGCCGUUGGUGAUGCGGACGCGUUUAUCAAAGUAAUUGCACCCGAUCCAUCCAUACAGAUGGGCCUUGGUCUAGAGUACUUAGACGAGCCAUGCUUAAACCAAAGUGAUCCGUGUCUGCUUAACCUACAGCUCCGGGCGUCAAGUUCAUCAUCAUCCAAGUCGUUGGUGGUGAAAAAAUUGGAAAGCGCUGAAAAAAAUCCAAAAGUCAUCGAUCAAUGGAUACGUGACAUAAAUGAAUUGAACCGCGGAAAGACUUCAGCUUUUUUUUAUUCCAAGAAAAUGCCAGACGUAGAAACAAUAAUGGAACCGUGGAUGGGUGACAGCAAUCAGAAGAGCAUGCCGGAUUUCGAAAAUGCUGAUUUAUUGACUCUUAUAGAUGAAGUCUGUGAUUAUUUCGGAAUCCCAAAAACCGACACAAAAGUUGAAUCUCUACACCUGUUGUUUUCCGUGUACUUGGCUAUCAAGAACUCUCGGGCUCAAAACACAACUGUUCUAGCUUCGGACAAUAACAGUUAAUCGCAUUACUUCUAAACACAAAAGUGUUAUUUACAAUUUAAAUAUACGGUGUUG